AUGUCACUGGAUACAACUGUUGAGUAUCUAAGAGCAGACUUGAAUCUUCGCAAUCAUUUAUUGGGAGCAUCUGCAAAGUCGAUUGCUGCCUUUGUUUCCACACUGGCUUUAUCAGAUGUCGCUGAGUCGGUUGAUUUGAAACAAUACAUCAGCAUAAUGGGAACAUCUUCAAGUCAGCCAAAACAGCAACCUUUAGAAAAACGCGAUGUUUUGAUAAAGUCAAAAUGCAACAUUGCAAUAACAGGUAAUGCUGGAGUAGGCAAAUCAACACUCAUAAACAGUUUAAGAGGUCUAAAAGCAAAUUGUGAAGAAGCGGCUGCAGUUGGUGUUGAUGAAACGACUGAAGUGCCAAUGAGAUAUAUACAUCCUUUUAAUGAAAACAUUGUUUUGUGGGAUCUGCCAGGAAUGGGUACACAAAGAUUUCCUAAAAGUACAUAUUUAAAAGACGUUGGGUUUGACAAGUUUGAUUUAUUUCUUAUCAUUACAGCCACCAGAUUCACAGAAAAUGAUUUGUGGCUAGCUAAUGAAGUUAAAAGGCUCGGGAAAAAAUUCUUUUUUAUACGUACAAAAAUCGAUCUCGAUGUUGAAAAUGACAAAAAUGACAAUCCUGAAAUUUGCAAAGCUGACACCGUUUCUAAAAUACGAAGAGCUAUGGCAGCACAUGUUGAAAAUGGAGGUUUUUCAUCAAUCAAAGUGUUUCUUAUUGACAGCCACUUUCCACAAGCUUUCGAUUUUCCUUUGCUCAUCGAUGCGUUAUUGGGUCCUUUCUUUUUUGAUCAGAUGGCUAAUUUUGCUUUAUAA